AUGUCCACGCCCUCGCCCUCUCCCGGAACAUCGCGGACCACCGAUGCACCGCACCCAUUCAACCUGCCCUCGGCAGACCUCAUCUUACGCACCGCAGACCUCGUCGACUUCCGCGUGCACACGCUCUUCCUCGCUCUCGCGUCCUCAUUCUUCGCCACGAUGCUCACGCUCCCCCAGCCCGCCGCCGACUCCGCCCCCUCCGCGCCGCUCGCUGGCACAGAACCGGGCACGCCGCCGGUCGUGCCGGUCUCCGAAGACAGCGCGACGCUCGAGCUGCUCCUGCGCCUCGUGUACCCCAUCUCGAAGCCGCGCGCACAGAUGGAGGACCCGCAGACGAUCGUGCCCGCGUUGCGUGCCGCGGUGAAGUACGAGAUGGAGCUGCCCGUCGAUAUCCUCUCCGAGCGGCUCGUCGCGAUCAUCCCCAAGAGCCCGCUGCAGGUGUGGGCGGCUGCGUGCCGCACGGGCCAGGAGGACGUUGCGUGCCAGGCGGCGGUCGUGCUGCGGACCUCGUGGAUACGUGACGAUACGAAGGAGGUGCUGUCGCUUAUGGACGACCUGGGAGACAUGUCUGGGAUCUCGGCCGCGGACUACCUUCGGCUGAAGCAGUUCCUGAAGGCGGAGCAGUCUGCCAUAGACGAGGGGCAGUUGACUCUCUUGAGUCCUCCGAUCGCGAGUCCGCCCGCGCCGCAGUCAGUCUCCUCCGAGUCCCCUCUGCCGUUCUCUACGAAGCUGCCAUCUCCCGACGUGGUCUGUCGGUCGUCUUCACGAAUGGGCUCGCAGACGGACUUCGCCGCUCACCAGGUCGUUAUGAGCAUGUACUCCCCGGUCCUGGAAGCGCGACUGGCAGAGCUGCGGGACGUCGGGCCCAUUUCAGAGGACCGCGGUUCGACGCCUGCAGCCGUCGUGCUGGACUUUGACGAAGACGCCGAUGUGUUGUCCGCCUUGCUGAAGGCUUGCUAUAGCCUUGGGGACACCUUGCCCGCCGAUCACGCCCGGCUCGCUGAAGUGCUGGUCGCAUCCCGAAAGUAUAAGAUGGUGGCCAUCGAGCGCAAGGCCCGCGAGGCUUGGGACAAAGCAGCCGCUCUCCAUCCCCUGGAGGCCUAUUUCGUCGCGAUCAACCACGGACUGCACAAAUGCGCGGAGGAAGCGGCGAGGAACGCCCUGAGGGAGUCGGUCGUGGAGUACACCGCCGCAAUGGAGAGCGCACCGGCGCUGGCUUACCAUCACUUGCUGGUCUAUUUCGACGCAUGCCGCCAGAUCUUCAAGAAGCAUCUCGAGGACAUUAGCCAGCGGAUUCCGGACUCCGUUUACGCGGGCCAACCCGGACACUACGGGUAUCCACAGAGCAUCUAUACCACUGCCUUCAAGAACGCCGUUACCAACUACGUCGCUAGCGCACACGGCGUACCCACCAAGGCGACCAUUCAAAACGGAUGUCAAAAGAAGAUACUAAACACCAUGUCCACUGAGUUCGGCAACAUUACCAUUCAUAGCCUCUUCGUUCCCCUCAUCGAAUGCAUGACUUCCGCCGCUGACGCCAUAGAGUCUGCGAUCAACGACGUACGGCUGCAGUUGGUCGGAGCAGAGAGACUAGACGUCGAUGAUUGA